AUGAUCUCGUUCCAGAGUGAUCUUUCUCCUCCACAUGAUGCCGGGCCCAUUGGUCAUCCCCACCUCUCCUGCUCCUUCCUGCAGGGACUGCCCCACCAAUCGGUGACAAUGGAGGAGACAUAUCUUUUGAACCAUCCAGGAGUCAAGAAGUCAAUUCUGGCUGGAGGCACUGGUCCGAUGCCCCACUUUCCACCUGGGACUAAGCUGGUUUUCCAUUUUCAGACGCUGUUGGACAACUUUGAGAGGACGGUCAUCGACGACAGUCGCCUGGCUGGCAGACCGGCCGAGAUCUUUGUGGGGAAGAUGUUCAAGAUGGAAGUGUGGGAGACCCUGCUGACCUCCAUGAGGAUCGGGGAGGUGGCUGAGUUCUGGUGCGAUGCUGUGCACACGGGCUUGUACCCCAUUGUGUCCAAAGGAAUGAGGCUGAUUGCUCAGGGGAAAGACCCUCUGGAGGGCCAGCGACACAUGUGUGGCAUGGGAAACAUGUUCCAUUACCACUCCACAGGGUUUCCAGAGCUGGACGAGCUCAUGCGAACCCCUCAGCCACUCAUAUUCAUCAUGGAGCUCUUACAGGUAGGAGACCCCAUGUCCUACCACCGAGAGUCCUGGAUGAUGGAGAAGGAUGAGAAGCUGCAGACGGUGCCAACUCUCCACAUGCAGGGCAACGCGCUGGUCAAGCAGCGACGGUUCAGCGAGGCCGCCAGCAAGUACAAAGAAGCCGUUCUGCUGCUGAAAACCGUCCAGUCCAAAGAGAUGCCGGGAGACAUAGACUACAUUAACUUGGGUCGUAUGAUCGUCCCCCUGGAGUUGAACUACUGCCAGUGCAUGCUGGAGCUGGAGGAGUACUACGAAGUUAUCGAGCACACCACCGAACUCCUGGAGAAACACAAAGACUGUGUGAAGGGCUACUACAAGAGAGCCAAGGCUCACGCUGCUGUGUGGAACGAGAAGGAGGCCCGGAGGGACUUCAACAUGGUGGCCCAGCUGGACGUCACCCUGGCCAGGCUGAUCCACCGAGAGCUGAACGCCCUGUCGGAGCGCAUGAGGGAGAAGUACUGGGAGGAGAAGGAGAAGUACUGGAACAUGCUGGAGAAACAGGAGAACAAGAAUGAGAGCGAGCAAGAAGAGGAGGAGACAGAGAAAGAGUCGGAUGAUAAACAGCAGCGAGCGGAUGACGAAAGUGUGACCGCAGCGCCCGAUGAUGGAGUGGAAAAAGAUCUGUGUGAAUCUCCAGACUCUAAAAACGAAAAUGAUCCGCCCACUGAGGGAAAAGGUGCCAAAGAGGAGGCCAAACCGUCUGCGAACAGCCCGGACACCUCGGAUAAAUAUGAGGGGAAGAACUGGCAGCUGAUGUUACGCCUGGUCAUGCUGCUGCAGAAAGAAGGAAACUUUCUCAUUAAAGAAAAACGCUUCCAGGAAGCUUCGGAGAAGUUCAAAGAGGCCAUUGAUUAUGUGGACUUCCUGCCAAAUAAGGAGGUGGACAUAAAGGAGGACGACAUGGAGUCGCUGGAGAAAGUACGUCUUCCUCUGGCUCUCAACCUCAGCCAGUGCAUGCUGGAGCUGAAGGAAUACCAGCAAGUGGUGGACAUCAACAACGACCUUCUGAAGAAGCAUAGAGGUAACUUCAAGGCGGUGUACCAGAGGGCACGGGCGCACGUGGCACUGUGCAAUGAGGAUGAAGCCCGGCGAGAUUUAAAUCUGGUGGAGACAUUAGAUCCAACAUUCAAACCCUUUGUUCGCCAAGAACUAAAGAAGCUGGGCGAUGCCGUACGCACUCGGCAUGCUCUCCAGAAUAAGACUUACUGGGAUACAACGCAGGAGAGGUGGGGGCCUGGUGGAAGCAAAACAAAGAGUGCAGCAAAAAAGAAGAAAGUGAAGUUCUCUCAGAAAACCACAGAAGUGAAAUCUGAAGCGGAUAAGGAAACUGAAAAGAGUGAUAUUCAAGAGAGGGAGAGCUCAGAGAAACACCCCCCUGCUGAGGCAGAGGGAGCGAGUGAUGCGGAGAAAAAUCCAGAUGCGAACGCCGAGCAGCCCGAUGAACAGUCAGAGUGUGUGAGAAUGAGUGGAGAGGGGUUAGAUAAUGAAAAUAUAGAGAGGGCUGUGGCUCAUGAAGCCGGCCUGGGUGCACCAGAUAAUCGUGCAACAGAUAAAGACAGCAAUCCAGUGCCCACCAGCUCAGGCAAAGAUAAUGUCGUGAGCAACAGAUCAGCGUGCGAUAAGGGCAAAAAGAAGGUCAAAUGCCAAUCAAAUCCUGCACCGGACUCAAACAGAACAAGCCAGGGGAACAAAGACACCAAUCUCCAGUUCCUCCAAGCAGCCCUGGCAUCAGAAGUUCACCCUUUAAAGGCCUGA